AUGCUCAAUCCUAUAGAACUACAGCUUCGCCCUUCCUGCUUCGAGGCUCUCUCCUGGUCGCCCGACGGUGACCUUGCCGUGGCCGCAGGCGAGCAUGUCCAGAUUUUAAAACCCAAAACUGGCUGUUUAAAACGAAACACACCAGGCAAAGAUGCCUGGGACAUCACGCGUAUUCGCGUCAACACCUUCACUAAUGCCGAAUGGGCACCCAUCCCCCCUCAAAAUCGUGAUGAUUUUUCUAUUGGUGCUGAGCAGUCAACGAGUACUGUCAUUAGCUUAGCAUGGUCCCCGGCAGGAUUGGCUCGAUUUCGCCGCAGUGUGUUGGCUGUUCUGGGUUCAAACUUGAUCCUGUCACUGUGGGAACCAAUCGGUCCCAGAGCGAUAUGGACAAGGGUCGCGAUCGUCAACCAUGCGCUGCAUCCCGACCCCUCGGCUCCCUCAACACUGACUGGUGAACCCCUUCGCAAGGCAAAUAUUCGUUCCUUCCACUGGUGUGAGCCUCUGAAAACUCCAGCACGAUCCGAAGAUUCUGACCAGGCGUCGGAACCUGAGAGUCGAUGGGGUAUCCAGUUGAUGUCUAUUACAAAUGAUGCCAACGAGGUCGUUCUUUUACAAAUCCAGAGAAACUCUAACUCAACUUCACCUAGCCGGUCUUAUCACAUGAAGAAGUUAACUACAUAUCAGCUUCCCGGAGAGAAGAACACACCCAAUGUUUGUCCUGGGUCAAUUCUACAGAAAACCCUUCAGCUGAAAUCACGCAUUCUGUCAAUCUCGACCGGGCCGUGGGUCCCUUUGCAUCCAACAAAAGUUAAUGGCGUUCAUACAUCCUCGGCAAUGAUCGCAGCUGUGUAUGGCAAGCAGCUAUACCCCCUCAAGGCGACCAUCGCCUUACAUAAAUUGGACAACGGUACCGAUACUGCUGCGGAAUAUCAAGUCACGGCGGAGCUGGCAGACCAUCCCUUGACAGAUUCAUCGUCAAGGUGGGCGUACUGUCAGAUCGAAGGCCCGAUAAAAUGGAUUCACACAAAACAAUCCCCAAACAUCAAUCUGGUAGUUGGCACCUCCACCGGAUUCCUUACCCUAUCUAUCCCCCGUAAUGUUUAUCAAGGCACCGGAAAGGGCAAAGACCGAUUUGAAUUCUGGCCAACUUCUACCUCAUCAUUUCCCGUCGAAGACGGCGAGCCUCGAAGUGACUGGGAGCUCAUCGCAGGCAUGGCCACAUUGACCGACGAGCAAAAUGACUCAUGUGCGCUCCACUUGGGCACCUCAGCCGCACUAGCAGCUUUCAUUGACUUGGAGACACCGAGUUCAGAGGAGGCUGAAUCCGAUGAUAGUCUGGGCCUACCACAGUGGAGCAAGAUAAUCAAAAAUAUCCGUGAGCAAUAUGAUUUAGACCGCGAUCUUCAAGGAUACGCUAUGAAUCGAGUUUGGGGUUUAGCCUCCUACCGUGGUGUCAUUGCAGUUCUUGUUACCCGCCACCCGACAAAUAUGAUUCAAUACAAAGUCGCAUCUGACGAGAGGGCCGUUGUUGGUUUUGCAUUCGAGGGUGCCGAAGAAGCCCCAGAUCCCGAGUCACUUUUCUCGCUAGCGUCCGAUCAAAAUGAACAACCCGAGGAAAGCGGAAGAAAAAAGCCUGUCACUUUCUUGCUUUCGCGAUGCGACAAGGAUGACGAAAUCAAUACCGUGGAUCAAAGACUCAUCUAUGCUGCAGCAUGCUGUAGUAUAGUGGAUAAUCGCCUUGCUUCGAUCCGCCCCCAAGCUCAAAAGGCCCUAGAACGGUUGGCAGUAAAGACGGGUGCUGAUUUGAGCGAGGAAAUAUCGAAAUGUACGAAUGCUUCUUCUACAAUAUCGAGCAAAUCACCAGAGCAGCUCUCCCAAGCAGGCGGUCACCUAUUUGAAAAAUGCGAUAUUUGCGAUGCAGGCAUUCCUUGGGCCUCAACCACGGAGGCCCAAUGCGAGAAUGGCCAUCUUUUCGUACGCUGCGGACUCACCUCCGUGGCCAUUCAGGAGCCUGGUAUUUCCAAAUAUUGCUCUACUUGUCAAACUGAGUUUCUGGAUGAAGAAUUGAUUGUGCGCCUGCGUGAUGAAGCGCUUAGUCCGGUCUUUAUGGGCGUCGUCAGGGCUUUCGAUAUUUGUCCCUCCUGCAACUCCAAGUUCAAGUGCAGCAACCUCACUUAA